AGUUUGCCUUGACGAAUAACGAGACCCACAGAGGACAAAGACAAUGCAUUAAAUGGUAAUACUGCGUAGUGGAGGAAGUAGUAGUACUACUGCAGUAGUACAGUGCAUGGAUCCUGGGGUCCUAAUGUCCACCUUUUCAUCAGCAGCACUAAAGGCGGAACAAAAGUAGCGACUCGUGUCUCCCAGGGGGAAGUAUUUUUCCCCAGGACUAUUUCCUGCCCUCCUAGAGAUGUUAUAAACACCAAUAGAAUAUGAGGAUUUUUUUAAAAAGGCGGAUUCAAGGGUGCCUUAGCCAAUGAGAACCAAGUACUACUUCCGCCUCGUUUACAAGUUAGGUUGAGCUGCUUGUUACCCAUGUGGAGCCAAUGUUGACUUGAAACCAGAGGAAGUUGGGAUUUGUCUAUUUGUGUGUUAUUUUGGCUUCACGCUUUUCACAAUGUCUUCGUCUUUCUUUAUAAAGACGUCGCAAAAAAAUAAAUUUGCAAAAACGGGAAAAAAUGCAACAAAAAACAAGCAUAAGGGUGACGGUGAUUUAGCUGGUAAAGUAAAAAGCAAGAAACAGAACAAGUAUAACGAAGAGAUAUCGAGUGACUCUGAGGGAGAAAGUCCCGUAGUUGGCAAGAAAAGGCAGUCCAAAGAGGAACCUGAAUAUGACGAGACACCACAGGAGAAGAAGCUGAGAUUAGCUAAACUGUACCUCAAUCAGCUGAAGGAUGAAGAAAACAAGGCAGAAGAUGAGUCGUUUGAGACUGAUCUGAUUGCUGGGAGGCUUCAAGAAGAAGUGCUUGAACAGAAAGGAAAACUUCAGCGAUUUAUUGCCAAAGAUCUACUGCCACCCGAUGCUUCUGAAAUCCGUCUGUUAAGAGGACACAAGCUGCCCAUCACCUGCCUCGUCAUCAGUCCCGAUGACAAAAGCAUCUUCUCAGCUGCUAAAGACUGCUCCAUCAUUAAAUGGGAUGUUGAGAGCGGUCGAAAGCUGCGAGUUGUACCUGGUGGAAGGAAAGGUACGGAGGAUUGCCAUGUUGGACACACAGCUCACAUCCUGUGUAUGUCCAUAUCCUCAGAUGGCAAAUACUUGGCCACUGGGGACAUGAACAAGCUGAUCAUGAUUUGGGAGGCCGAGACCUGCAAACAUCUCUACAAGUUCACAGGACACAAAGGCCCUGUGUCGGGUAUCUCGUUCAGGAAGGGUACUCACGACCUGUACAGCGCCUCACACGAUCGCUCCGUCAAAGUGUGGAACGUAGAUGAAAAUGCCUACGUGGAGACUCUCUUUGGCCAUCAGGACGCCAUCACUGGACUCGACAGUUUGAGCCGAGAGCGCUGCGUCAGCACCGGUGGGCGUGACCGCACCAUGCGAGUGUGGAAAAUCGCAGAGGAGUCGCAGCUGGUCUUCAACGGACAUGAGGGUUCUAUUGAUUGUGUCCAGCUGAUUAACGAGGAGCACAUGAUCACGGGCGGUGACGACGGCUCGGUGUCUAUUUGGAACGUCAACAAGAAGAAGCCGCUCAGUACGGUGAAGCAGGCUCAUGGUUGCCGUGGUGACGCCGGGCUGGAGCAGCCUCACUGGGUGGCCGCUGUGGCCGCGCUUCAGAACUCCGACGUUGUAGCCUCAGGUGCUUCUGGCUGUUCCAGCAACUCUCAGGUGCAGCUGUGGAAGUGUGGUCAGAAUUAUCGAGGACUGCAGCCUCUCUUUAGCGUCCCCUUGGUGGGUUUUGUCAACAGCCUCAAGUUUUCACACUCUGGUCAGUUCUUGGUGGCAGGAGUAGGACAGGAGCACAGGUUGGGUCGAUGGUGGCGACUUAAAGAAGCUCGCAAUGGAAUUUGUAUUAUUCCUCUUCAUAGGAAACCUGCCAGCCAAGAAGAAGAAAAUCUGGACAACUGAACUUUUCUUUUGUACAUUAAAGGCUCCUCAAAACAUA